AGCACGGUUCUCCCUGAGCACUUGGCCUGUUCCUUGAUUUUUACAAACCACCAGUGGCGCUCUUUCUCCACGGGAGCGAGGAGUGUGUGGCUUCUAUAAAAAACACGAAUCAGGUGAACGUCGUAAACGGUCUAUGGCGUAAACCCGGCGAACCAAGGGAGAUUUUGCGCAGCCGAACACGGAAGAGAAUGUCAGAUCCGCGCGCACGGAUACGUCUGUUCCGUGGGGAAAUGUCUGAGGGGAUGGGCCACUUUCUCGGGAAUUUCUGAGGCCGUUUAGCUGCUGUCCGUGCCUCUGGUCUUUAACGUGAAUGGCUCACUGAAUCUGAGAGGCAGAAGGACUGAGGACUCUUAUCACUGUGGAUAUUUAUGAUCACGCCGUGUUCCUGCCUUUGGAGACGGGGGUAAAUGAGCCAUAGGCAGUGAGCGAGGUGCCACAGCCGACGACGUGUUGCAAUUGUACGGAAAAGCAAAGAGAAAACCCCCCCACGGAGGAGAAACGACCUCAAAUGUACGCUGGUUUGGAGAGAUGUGUCGUGUGUGCAGGACAGUCCGCGCAUAACCGAGGGAACGGCCGCGCUGUGAGAUCUGCGGGGACAUUUAUCCGCUGGUUGUAAUGACGACGGCACGGAUAUUCUAAUUCUAUCCGCGAAGCUUUGGAGCGUUCACCCCGCAGCCCUCAGGAGUGUCCCGGGGAUAUGGGACAGCGAGCGGAACCGAUGCAGUGGCUCUCGACGAGGCAGUGCCAAAACACAGGGCAGUGAUGCCUGGGAUGGUGAUGUUCCGGCGGCGCUGGUCAGUCGGCAGUGAUGACCUGGUGCUGCCCGCCCUCUUCCUCUUUCUUCUACACUGCAUCUGGCUGGUGGUUCUGUCGGUGGUUCUGUUCGGCCUCCCGUACGGCUCAGACCAGUCCUGCUCCGUGACACUGGUGGACCAUGGCCGGGGAUACUUGGGCAUCCUGGUCAGCUGUCUCAUCUGUGAGAGCGCCAUCAUGUGGUUAAGCAUGAGAGGCAGCAUACUGUACACACAGCCCAGGGAAGCUGUACAGUAUGUCCUCUAUAUACGACUUGCCAUUCUGUUGGUGGAGCUGGUUUACGCUGUGGUUGGAAUUGCUUGGCUUGUUCAAUAUUAUCAGCCAUGCUCUGAUGUCACAGCCAAAAAUCUCGCCUUAGGUAUAGUUGCAUGUAAUUGGCUCGUGAUCCUCAGCGUCUGCAUCACUCUUAUGUGCACCUUUGACCCUACGGGUCGGACAUUUGUCAAGCUCAAAGCAACUCGGAGACGACAACGGAACCUCACAACAUAUACACUCAGACACCGACUUGAAGAAGGCCAAGCCAGCAGCUGGAGUCGGAGAUUAAAGUUUUUCAUGUGCUGUACAAGAGCCCAAGACACGCAGUCGGAUGCCUACUCUGAAGUGGCCAGCCUUUUCGCAGAGUUUUUCAGAGAUCUAGACAUUGUGCCUAGUGAUAUUAUUGCCGGUUUGGUUCUACUCCGCCAGAGACAAAGAUCGAAGAGGUCUGCAAUCUUGGACCAGGCCAACAACGACAUUAUAGCCUUUCUUUCUGGGAUGCCUGUGACUCGUAACACUCGAUACCUUGACCUUAAGAAUUCUGGCGAGAUGAACAUGUACAAAGAGGUGUGCUAUUACAUGCUGUUUGCACUCGCUGCGUACGGUUGGCCCAUGUACCUGAUGAGGAAGCCAGCCUGUGGGUUGUGCCGCCUCGCCAGCUCCUGCCCCUGCACUUCAGUGUCUGGCUCUCGCUUGUCUCAGUCCGUGACAGUGGAAGAGGACAAUUGCUGCGGCUGUAACGUCCUGGCGAUCCGCAGACACUUCCUGGACAGGGAUCUUAAGCAGGUCCACAUUGUCUACACUUCCUGCCAUGAUGCGGUUUACGAAACGCCAUUUUUCGUGGCAGUGGAUCACGGGAAAAAGAAGGUGGUCAUCAGUAUCAGAGGAACCCUUUCACCCAAGGACGCCUUGACUGAUCUGACUGGAGACUCGGAGCGGCUGCCUGUGGAGGAACAACAUGGGACGUGGCUCGGACACAAGGGAAUGGUUUACUCAGCUGAGUACAUCAAGAAGAAACUGGAACAGGAAAUGAUCCUGUCACAGGCUUUUGGAAGGGACCUGAACAAAGGCACCAUGCACUACGGGCUGGUUAUUGUUGGACACUCUCUUGGAGCAGGGACUGCAGCCAUCCUCUCCUUCCUGCUCAGACCCCAGUAUCCCACUCUUCACUGCUACUCCUACUCUCCGCCCGGUGGCCUUCUCAGUGAGGAUGCCAUGGAGUACUCUAAACAGUUUGUCACUUCUGUGGUGUUGGGAAAAGACUUGGUACCAAGACUGGGGCUCUCUCAGCUGGAGGGUUUUAGGCGCCAUCUUCUGGAAGUACUGCAGAAAAGUAACAAGCCAAAGUGGAGGAUUAUCGCUGGCGGCACCAAAUGCAUCCCUAAAUCAGAGCUUCCCCUGGAGGAUGAAGAUCCCCAGACCCAGCCCGCAGCGCCCCCUAGCAGUCGCCUGUGGCUCCACCCCAGUGACCUCAGCAUUGCCCUUUCAGCCUCCACCCCCCUCUACCCUCCCGGCAGGGUCAUCCAUGUUGUGCACAACCAUCCCCCGGAGACAUGCUGUGGCCAAGAGGAGCCCACGUACUCUGCUCUGUGGGGGGACAACAAGGCGUUUGAUGAGGUCAUCAUAUCACCUGCCAUGCUUAACGAACACAUGCCCCACAUGGUCAUGGAGGGGCUUAAUAAGGUGCUGGAAAACUACAACAAAGGGAAAACCGCUCUGCUGUCAGCUGCUAAAAUCAUGGUGAGCCCCACAGAGGUGGAUCUGAACCCAGAGACCGUCUUCAUGGACGCGACCACCACCUCGGAGCAGCCCACCCCGGCCCCCCACCACCGCAGGAACAGCAGUGUCCGACAAAAACCCUUGUUACGUUCUGUUGCCCAGUCAGAAAUAUCACUGGAUGGUUUCUCUGAAUGCCCUCCCCCUCCGGUGCCUGUGGUGUUACGUGGAGCUCGGGAGCGCCUCACGGUGGAGCUGAGGGAUCGUAAAGCUCCUCUGGCGGUCAUGGAGAGUCUGUCUGACGCAGAGUCCCUGUACAGUCUGGACUCUCGACGCUCCUCGGCUGCAUUCAGGGGGUCUCCCAUGUUGGGCAGCCUGCCAUUUCCUUUAGACGCCCCCAUCCCAGAGGAGAACCCCUCUCUGAGCUCUCGGACUGAACUACUUGCUGCUGACUCUCUCUGCCAGGCCACGCCAGAGCAUCUUGGUGAGGUCGGGCCCUUCUUUACACCCAAUCGUGAAUCUUCAUUGACUCCUGAUUACCCCAUGCGACUGUCCCCAGCCACUCCACGCUACAGUGGACACCACUCUCCAACUUUUCUAAACCAGAGUGUCCAGCCUCCGCCUUUCAAGGCAGAGCGAAACACCAAUGUGAUGCUUCCUGAUGGGGAGUACCAACAAAUCCCCGGUGUCUACAGUCCUGGGAGCACACCUCCUCCCAUGAGUCCUCACGUUCAUUCGAGACCUUUGGAUGGAGAAAAGAGAGGCUGGGACUUGGAAGGAACAGCUAAGACCAAUGGAGCAGCUUCUAGACAGUCGUCUCAACUGUCCAAUGGAAACACAAGUCAGGCGGUGCUGGAGUUUGCCCAGUACUUGGACUCUCUGUUCAGGCUGGAUGGCAGCAGCUCACCUCCUCUAGACCUUUCUGAUGGAGAGUCAGAGUCGGGCAGGGGCUCGUAUGGCCGGGGCGAAUGUUUGGGAGAUGGACAGUCAUUGGAUGACAAACAGCUUUUAGCCAGAGCCACACUAGAGCCAAACCUGGUCCCCAAACCCCCUCGCACUUUUGCUGGAUCUGCUGACCCUUCAUCAGGCAUCUCUCUAUCUCCCUCUUUCCCUUUGUCAUCGUCAGAAGAGCUCAAUGACCUGUCUCCAGCAGAGGGCGCCCCAACAGCCAUACACCCUCUUCGAAUAUCCUCGCCCUGCCACUGUCCAGAGGAUAACACACUAUCGUCUAUGGUGUAGUGGGAGGCCUAAUACUUGUGUGAUGCAGUCAUUGAAACGUUGAUAACAUAUCACAUGUGCAUGCUUUGGAAUGCAGUCACCCAUCAGAGAUGACAGAACUUGACAUUACAACUCACAAACUAUACAUUGUUCAGGAAUAUUCAGUGGACAUGUUGAUAGCAUUUUCUCACUAUUGCAAUGUUUGGAAAAUGAUACCUCUCUCUGCAUGCCAGGGGGCUGUGCUGCUUUUGGGUGAAUAUAGAUAACUGUAGCUUCUUAAGACCAUUCCAAAAGAAUGUGAUGUCGCCCACAAAGGGACAACGUCAAAUAUACUAUGUUUUUAAUUCAUUAAAGGGAAAGAAUAGUUAUUUAUCUACACAGGGGAAAUAUACUCAUUAGAGCAGUGAUUCUUAACCACACCCACGGUGGGGCCGUGAGCACCACCUUGAGGAUCACAAAAAUAAUAUAAUACAUAAUAUAGUUCAUAUGUGAAUCAACCCCAGGUUACUUUGUGUUGAACAAAGUUUGGUCUCAAGGUCAUAAAGGUUAAGAAGCCCUGCCUUCGAGGUUAUCAUGGGCACAUCAACUUCCUCUACCCUGAUCAGCUACAGGAUUUCUCCAGAUUUUAUUUUGUUGUCAAUAUCAGAAAUGUGAUGAAGGACAAGUUUGUGUCUACAAACAGAAGACAUUGCAAAAGGAUCCUCAGGUCUUGACUUUGACAAACAAAAGUAAGUGUGUUUUAUUGGUGAGAAUUCAUGUGUCUUAAAAUUUAGUGAUUGUGACCAGUUAUUACUGACACCAAUGGAUGUUUAUUUGAGUAUUUUGGUUACUCUUGGUAGUGCAUGAAAGUUUAUUCUUUUUUUUUGUUUUUUUUUUCAAGAGAAAUUGUCUCUAAGACACUUAGAUUGACAUUGAAUACUCUUGCACAUUUCAUCUUGCUAACCCCUUUUAUUUUGCCAAAAAAAUAAUACAUGUAUUGCCAAAUGUAUUUAUAAGAUGUAAUUUUGUAUAUGUAUAUAAAUAUUGCUUUAUUUAAGUGCUGCUGCACAUAUUAUGGAAGUUACUUUAUAUUUCUUUCCCCAUGGUCAUUCUGUAUGUUCCGACACUGUUCCAACCUGAUAAUUUCACACCACAGCUCCUCACCUGGGGUCUUUGCUGCUUGGCCAAAAAACAAACACAAAAUGACUGGCCAAACUUUUGAAACUAGGUAGCUAUCCACAAUGUGCCAGGGGCUGCGUCCGCAUGAGUUAUGCAUUUCAGUAGCAUGGCUGGUCUUGUCCUUGGGCCACAAUGAUCAUGCAGUGAAAUUAUAUAAGCUUUUGGAAGGCAUUGAAAAUCAUCAUCAGAGAUGGUUCUUCUUGUUUAUAAGGUGCUCUGGAUGUCAAAGCAUCUGCUUCCCUUUAAUCUGAUUCAUGUCCAACAUUCAGGAAGGACUACAGAAGAAAACUUUACAGGCAUGCCACUUUUAAGCAUGUCACAUACAAUCCAGCACACCACUCUGGACAUCUGACUUUGCAUUAUUUAUUACUGUUUAUAUUGUUAUCACUUUUAUUGCUAUAUUUGGUGGUAUUAUUAUCCUUAUUACUCUUGCAACAGAUUGUUUUUAAGUCGGUGGUUUAUAUCUCACUUGAUGGACACCACUGUAUCAGCUUUUUUUUUCCUUUUGAGCAAAUAUUUAUUUAAGAUUUUGCAAUGGCAUGGUGACAAUAUCCUCAUUCUCUUUUAUAACAAAAUGUCAUAGUGACAAGAAAUGCAGAUUGCAGACAUUGACCUAUGGUGCAGUGCCACCACCAAACCAAUGCCAAGAGUAAUCAACACAGGUUUUUGUUUGGAACUGAUUUGCUGUGGUUUGUCACAGUGGACUGUUCCAGUUUACAGCCUGAAAUUACUCCAGUCAUGCUGCCACUUCCUGUAAUUUCACUACAUUUAUUAAAGUUAGGCCACACGUUUCAUAUCUUAAGAGGCUUUACUUACAUAUAGUAUUAUAUGAAGUACUGCUGAAAGAAAGCACUAAAGUAUUUUCACCAUGUGUACAGCACCAUUCUCUGUGUGUAAGUAUUUAUGCAGAUGUCUUUAAAGAUAUUUCCAACAAAUAAAUAUAGAAAACAACUAUGUAAACAUAAGAGAACAGUAAAGACCUAUAGACAAAUCAUCUCAAGUUAUUUAUUCAAUCUAUCGGCAGAUAUUUAAUUGAUCUAUAUUUGGGGGGAAAUAAUUCAACUGUGUCUUGUCCAUGUUUACCUGGUUUACCUCCCCUUCUCCUCCCGCUCCACAAAAAGAAUGUAUUUUAUCCCUGCCCCCCAUUGCCCUGCCUGUAAUAAAAUAAAACACUGUUCAAGCGUUUCUGUGUGUGGUGUUAUU